CUGGCCUCUCCGCUGACCCAUCGCGGGCCCAGACCCCAGAUGAGCAGCAGAGAGCCUCCCCUUAGCCCUCUCGGCCCCAGUCGACGAAGCCUCCUUAGCCGUUAUUCUCACAGCGGGACAGACAGCAGCACUGGCCACAGAACUUGUCCCAGCCAAUGCGCAAUGACGCAGUUGCAAUAUACAAUAUUGUUAUCCAGGCUUCGAGCUGAAAGAUCACAGACCUCCCAGACCUUUACUCAGUCGAUGGUCCCAAGCACGGGCUACCUGGAUCCUCGAUUCAACAAAGUCUGCGUUGCCAUCAUCCUACUUCCUACUAAUCGACGUCCUACCACCAACAGUUUUAUAAGGCACAAACAGUGGUGAUGUCCAAUUCGCGGCCUCCGUUUACAUUCCAAGGCUCGAUGCUAUCCUGCUGUGUCUACAAGCCACGACAAGCAAUCAUACGAGCCUAGCCACGCGUGCAAACCUGAUCUUCUCCUGCUCUCACUUACGAACAAGUAUUUUGCACCUGUCCUGCGGUUCCGCCUGGUCGUCGAUUUCCCCGUUUGUUUAUCUCGGCCUGGCACCUCAAGCAGCUACCCGAGCCGAUCCCGUCUAUGUUUGAGCUGUGAGACAAUUCAAGAUCAAACCAAUACAAGGCGGGCACCCGUCCCAAGAACAAAGAGUCUGUGCAACAGGCCGACCAUAACAAAGGAAGCGGGCCGUACACAAUAGCAGGGUGCCUGGUGGAGGCCAACAUAGCACACCUAUAAUCCUCAUGAAAGAGCAAGAUGCUUUACGCGACGCUCUGCCUGAGCUUCGCGUCCAUGGGAAAGAGCAGGGUGCUUCUUUUCAGGUGAUUGUGCUGGGAUCUUCAGGCGGGCCCCGCGAAGACAAUGUUACUGGCAUGCUGGUAAGAACGCCGCAGGCGGGAUGGCGCAAGAGUUCGAUGAUAGCGGUCGACGCGGGAGCACAUCUGGCCAGCAUUAUUCGCAUCCUGCAACGUGAAAUGCCGUGCACGUCUGAGACCAUACCACCAAAAGACUACUCCCGGGUGCUGGAAACCGGUCCCUUUGCCGGCGUCAAGUUCCCCAACAUCUCGGCCAAAGCGAAUGCGCUCUACAUUUUCCGCGAACUCCUACAUGCCUUUCUCAUCACACAUCCACACCUGGACCACCUGUCGGCAAUGGCCAUAAACACCCCUGCCCUGGAAUAUGGCCGAGAGGCAAAGGCGAUUGUGGCUUUGCCAUCCACCAUCGAGGCGAUCAAGAACCACAUCUUUAAUGACUGGCUCUGGCCGAAUCUGUCGGACGAAGCAAAUGGCGUCGGCUUUGUGACUUAUCGACGACUAAUCGAGGGGGGCAAUCCGCGCUUGGGAUUGGGCGAGUCGCGAGGCUAUGUCAGUGUUUGCGAUGGUCUAGCCACCAAAUGCUGGAGCGUGAGCCAUGGCAAAUGUCAACGGCGAAGUCACAGCAUCUCGCAUCAACACAGUGAUUCUUUCGGAUGGGCCCAAUCCGACUACAACUUCCCGUCUAGGAGACCGUCUCGUAUGUCUGACGAGCAUGGGUAUUUUGCAGCGGUGGCACAACAACAGUCCCAGGGAGCCGGCGGAUAUGCAGGAGGGUCGACCCAGUUUACUAUGCCGGCGGGGGCGAUGACGCCCGGGCUUUCAGCGGCAGGACCAGCAGGCUCGACCUACAUCGAGGGGAAUUACAUGUUUGAGCCGGUGGCCAGUUCGGCUUUUUUCAUUCGCAAUGACACCACGGGUCAAGAACUUUUGAUCUUUGGGGAUGUGGAACCCGACACGGUCAGCAUGUCCCCGCGGAAUUAUAUCAUCUGGGAAGACGCGGCUGCCAAGAUCGCGAAGGGGACUCUUGGAGCCAUCUUCAUUGAAUGUUCCUACGACGAUAGCGUUCGCGACGAAGACCUGUACGGCCAUUUGUGUCCGCGGCAUUUGAUCGCCGAAUUGAGGUUCCUUGCCAACUGUGUCAUCAACCGACGCCGAAAAUCGGGUUCGGAUCAGAGUCAAGUAUCGGCUGUUUCUGAUCAAGCGACUGACGGCAAUAACGAUGGGGCAUCGUUCGAACCGAGCUCGCCUCCGACAUUGACCGCAACGACGACGACGGCAACAGCCAACAAUAUGAGCAUGGGCAUGAGCAUGAAACAACCGCCAACGCCUUCGGAAAUGAGACGGAAACGCAGACGAGCACUGAAUGGCGACCAGCUGGCCACCACGCCCGAAAUGGCACCCACGCAUUUCGACAGCGUGCCUUCGCCUCAGGCACUGUCUAGUGGGUACGUUGGCCGAGGAUCCGGACGCAAACGGUCAAUUCACGAGCAGACGCGAGAGUCGAGUUCGGCCAGUUUCGCCUACCCACCCACUCCCGUCCGGGCGCGUUCAGUGCAAUUCCAGAGCGAGUCUGCCUCUAGCCCAGUGCCAGGGCCGAGCACAGGCAUGUCGGGACAACAACUUUAUCCUCCUGUUGGCGGCGCGAAUCCCCAGGGUCAGGCUCAAGCUCAGGCUCGAGAAAAGCUUCCACAACCCCUGAAAGGAGUUACUGUGCACAUCAUCCACGUCAAGGAUACCCUGAUGGACGGGCCUGAGCCGGGAGAGGUCAUUGUAAGCCAGCUCCGUGCCCUGAGCGACGAGGCCGGCUUGGGCGCCGAGUUCAACGUGACGAGGUGUGGUGACAGUAUUUGGGUUUGAGAGUUCUUUGCUUGCGUAUCAUAGCAACUAGUAGUUGGUGGUAGUCAGAGGGUUUUGCGUUCCGAUGCGAACUAGGUUCAUCCUGAAUUACAACUACCGUAGUCAAUCAGACCAUCACUCACUCACUAACUCGCUCAUCUUCGCCGGUAUCUUUUCUAGUACGCAGGUCAGUAAC